CUAAUUGUACUGUAUGUAAAGACUUCAUGAAUGAAGCUGACUUGUAGUUCAGAAGACAAAUCUACAAGCUGCUUUAGAUAUUCUAUUUACACUGUACUUCCCGAUAGACUAAGAAAAUGUUGUUGCCAACAUUCUUAUACAUACUUUAUACAAAACCAUAGGCGUAGGUGUAUAGUGAGUCUGACAUGACACAGUAAUAUACAACUUGAUCUAAUAUGAACUUCAAGGAAGGAAAAGGUUAGUCCCUCCCCACGUCACCAAUGACAAAAAGUCAGGAAAGAAGCUGUGACCUCCCCUCUAAUGCACAGUACAUGCCCUGCCUGAGUCAGCUACAGGUUCACAACACAAUGCAGCUACCGCCACAGUGAGGGAUCCGGGCCAGGAUUACAGCCGGGAGGCUCUGAAGAAGUCUCCAUCCACCUGCUCUGUGACGUAGGGUCUACCACAGGCCAUGGGGAGCUACAGCAGCAUCCAGUUCUGUGGGAUACCCCAAGGAAAAGGGCCCCAUACUGUGGGCUGUACUGACCUGAUGAGCGAUCAUACCAUUCAGGGGAGCUUCUUCCGGUUAUAUUACCCGUGUGUGGACAGCGAUGAAUAUGAGGAGGCUGUGUGGAUCCCUAAGAGGGAGUACUACCAGGGACUCGCGGACAUGCUGAAGCUCAACCGCACCUUAGUAGACUUGAUCCUAAGUUAUUAUUUUGGUUCUGUAAAAUGUCCUGCAAAGAUGAAUGCACCUUUCAAGCCAGGAGAGAAAUAUCCUUUGGUGAUAUUUUCACACGGUCUUGGAGCUUUCAGGACCUUGUAUUCUGCCAUCUGCAUUGGGUUGGCCUCACAUGGAUUCGUAGUAGCAGCAGUGGAGCACAGAGAUGAAUCUGCGUCUGCGACAUUUUAUUUCCGAGAGCGCUCUUCUGCCGACAGCUGUGAGGAGGACGAGGAGUGUGAACCUUUGGAGGAGGUCUGGAUGUACAACAAGCUUCCAAAACCGGGAGCGGACGAGUUUCCUCUCCGACUUGAACAGGUCCAGAAAAGAGCAGAUGAAUGUCUACAGGCAUUAGACCUUAUACUGGAUAUCAACACUGGGAAACCCAUCACAAACGCAUUGCCGUCCGACUUCGACUGGUCGUUAAUAAAGGGUUCUAUUGAUGUUCAAAAAGUAGCGGUGGCCGGUCAUUCUUUUGGUGCCGCAACAGCAAUUAAAGCACUUGGCAGAGAUUCACGGUUUAGGUGUGGUAUAGCACUGGAUGCCUGGAUGUUCUCUUUGAGAGAUGAGAUAUUUUCCGCUAUCCGUCAACCCGUUAUAUUCAUCAACUCUGAGAAGUUCCAAUGGGCAGAUAACAUUUUACUCAUGAAGAAGAUGGAUUCUUCCUGUGUGGAGAGGAAGAUGAUCACCAUCAAGGGCAGCGUCCACCAGAGCUUUCCAGACUUCACCUUUCUUACCGGUUACCUGAUUGGGAAAAUAUUCAAGUUGAAAGGAGAAAUUGAUCCGUACGUGGGGAUGGACAUUAUUAUCAAUGUUACAUUAGCUUUCCUGCAGCGGCAUUUAGGGCUCCAGAAAGACUUUAACAAAUGGGACCCCCUCAUCGAUGGAGAAGGAGAAUUUGUCAUUCCCGGAACCAACAUUGAUCUACCUCCGACACAUGCCGAAGCAAUGCCGCAUUAGCAGUCGCGCGUUUACGGUGCCCGUACCGCAUACAUGGAGAGCGCAACACAGGAUGUGAUGGGCGCGGAGCCUUUACCUCAUAUACAUGGAGGGCAGACUAUGCUAUCCCAGGAGCUGAGGAACACCGCCUGUACCUCAAAUAUGGCUACUAAAUUACACCAUCAUCAGACCUGGGAGGCGCAGAGACUGUACCUCAUGUUUACUAUUUGGAUGGUUAUGGACUGUGGUGUCUGAAGUUUUACAACUGGAUCGACCAGUGUCUCCUAAUCAAGAUGCCUCCAGGUGUUGCAAAACUACAACUCCCAGCAUGCCCGGACAGCCGGAGGCUGUCCGGGCAUACUGGGAGUUGUAGUUUUGCAAGAACCAGAGGCCUACUAGUUAGGAAACACUGGGAUAGGCAUAGAAGUGUGUGUGUUCCCCAUAAUUUCCUAUAAGUUCUGAAAACCUAUACAAGUGGGUAAUGCUUACCUGUGUUUUAGAGAGUGUGCCUUAAAGGGGUAUUCCGGUGGAAAACUUUAUUUUUAUUUUAUUUUUUUUAAAUCAACUGGUGCCAG